GCCCUUACGCAUCGGCAAAAACCGCUGUUUUCGGGAUUUGGAAAAAGGGUAAAGGAAGGCUCUUGGUUGUUUUUUUUCCUCCUCUUCGUCGGCUCUCCGUUGGAAAUUGGACAGAUCGAGAAGAAAAGGUCACCAGGAAAGGUCGAAGGGAUCGGCGAGGAGAGCAGGCGGUGGUUCGUUUGGGAAGAGAAAGCCGGCCGACUGUCUCCUUGCUUCUCCAAGGGUCGCGUUCAACCGGAGCUCUGUUCUUCAGUUUGGGUUAAGCAGGAGAAGUGCUUCAACUUUUAGCUUUCAUCAUGGUUGCGUCUGUGGCUGCUUCUGCUUUCUUUCCAGCCCCCUCGUCCUCGUCUAUAGCGUCAUGUAAAGCAUCAAGGUCCAUUAAUGAAUCUCCUGAAAGUUUGAGCGUCCGAGGCAUUGUAGCCAAGCCUGCCUCGUCAUCUGGAGCUGUGCAGGUUAAGGCCCAUGCCCAAGCACCUCCUAAGGUCAAUGGGACAAAAGUCAGCCUGAAAGUUGAAUCCCAGAUCAAUGAAGAAGCACCCUCAGCUCCAAGGACAUUCUACAACCAGUUGCCAGACUGGAGUUUUCUUUUUGCUGCCGUAACUACUAUCUUUUUGGCUGCAGAGAAACAAUUUACACUUGUUGACUGGAAGCCCAAGCGGCCUGACAUGCUUGCAGAUGCAUUUGGUCUCGGGAAGAUCAUGCAGGAUGGUAUGGUGUUCAGACAGAAUUUCUCCAUUCGGUCAUAUGAAAUAGGAGCAGAUCGAACAGCUUCUAUAGAGACCUUGAUGAACCAUCUACAGGAAACUGCUCUGAACCAUGUAAGAAGUGCUGGGUUAAUGGGUGCUGGCUUUGGUUCAACCCCUGAAAUGACUAAGAGAAAUUUGAUUUGGGUUGUUACCAAGAUGCAGGUCCUUGUAGAACAAUAUCCUUCCUGGGAAGAUGUUGUUCAAGUAGAUACAUGGGUCGCUCCAUCUGGGAAAAAUGGUAUGCGCCGUGAUUGGCAUGUUCGUGACUAUCGAACUGGCCAAACUGUUCUGAGAGCGACUAGUGUGUGGGUAAUGAUCAACAAACAGACUAGGAGACUGUCAAAAAUUCCAGAUGAAGUCCGUGCAGAAAUAGGAUCCUAUUUUAUGGACCAUGAUCCUAUAAUAGAUGAUGAUGGCAGAAAACUUUCAAAGCUUGGAGAUGAUAAUGCAGAUUAUGUUCGAACAGGGCUAAAUCCUCGAUGGGGUGAUUUGGAUGUCAAUCAACAUGUUAACAAUGUUAAAUACAUUGGUUGGAUCCUUGAGAGCGCGCCAAUUUCAAUCCUGGAGAGCCAUGAGCUUGCUGGCAUAACGAUGGAGUAUAGGAGGGAGUGCGGGAAGGACAGCGUGCUGCAAUCGCUGGCCGCCAUCUCCAGCGACAGCUGUGACCAUGGAUCGCUGGACACUGGGUUCGAUUGUCAGCAUCUUCUACGGCUAGAGAGCGGGGCAGAGAUUUUGAGGGCGCGGACGGAGUGGAGGCCCAAGCGUGCCCAUGUUCCGUGAUAUGCAACAUGGGAUUGCUCAACAUACUGCUCUACUUUACAGCCAGUUUUUGACACAACUUUCUUUGACAUCUUGCUCGUGAAAUGCAAAUAUCCUAAUGUCGUAGUGUAAACCAGAAGGCGACGACGACGCUGUUACUCUACUUGUAUUAUUUGUUUUGUUUGUUGAUUUUUCUAUUGAUUUGCGUUUACCAUUUUA